CUUCCCCUCAGCAAGAGCUUGGGUGGAAGUUGGUAGGAUGGAUGCAGACUGUAGACUAGUCUUGAGCUGGAAUAGCUCUCCUUCCUUUUGAUUUGAUUUGGAAUUGUGCCCUGUCUUAGGCUAUUGCCUCACCACACAGAUCAGAAUCACCUGGGAGACUCAUUAGAUUACCAAUCACUGGGUCUUGCCUUCAGGGUUUCUGGUUCAGUAGGUCGGGGGUGAGAACAGGAAUCAAAAAAUUUCUAACAAGUUUUCAGAUGCUGCUGAUGCUGCUUGUCUGGGGGCUGAGGUUUAAGAACCACUCUUGUAGGACAUGUUUUCAGAGUUGUGUGAAGCUCCCCUGCUGCAACCUUCACCACAACACUUGGAGAGGGUAGUGCUUGUUAAGAUCCAGAUUCCCAGGCCAGGACCUAUUGGUUCCAUUUGGUGGGGUGGGAGAGACACAGAAAUGGCCAGGAGUCUGCAUUUUCACACUGAGGUUUGUGAACCACUGUUGUCGGGUGGGUACAGGGAGUUUUGUAGUCUGUCCACAGCCUUAAUUUUUGUUAGCAUAAUCUAAUUUACUUCCCAGCCAGGGCUCUGCAUGGUCCAUCUGAACUUGACUAUAGCUUGCAACCUUUGUCCACCAGGCACACCGAUGGCCAUCCGUACUGACGUGGAUUCAUCACACCACCUCAGCAGCCGUCCCUGUGGGGAAACAUACACAGCCAUGAUUUUUUAGUGCUCAUUACAGUACAUUUAAGACUGUGUAAAACAAAAAACAGUCCCAGAUGGUGUCUAAACCCCCCAGGGGCUCACGAUCUAAGGGGAAGCCAACAAUGAUGAGAGAACACGACGGGGCAUAAAUCAGAUGCUCAAUUGUGACUUGUUAGGAUACACAGAAGGAGUCAAAGGGGGGGAAGUUUCCAGAAAGGCCGGAUAGGUGCUCUAACUUGAAAGAUGAACAGGACCUCAGAUGGCGCUGAAGUCCAGGAGCUUCCCUGGGCGGACGGAACGGUGAGAGGGAACAUGAGGCAAGAAGCUACAGCUGAGGCCUAGGCAGCCAAGGCAGGAGUGAGGCUCCAUCCGUCUCCUGCCCUGCGACCCCAAGGGACCUGGCUUUGUUGCUCUGUGCCUUAUGUGCCUAACUCUGCUCUGAGCAUCCAGAGACUUAGGUAGCAGGGAGAAUGGCCUGGAGAAUGAGCUGCAGGGGUGAUGGGAACAGAGAUGAGCACUCCUGCUACUUUAGCCAAGGGAAAUCCUGGCUAUGUCAGUACCAAUUCCCUUUAAAAUCCCUCAGGGUCUCUAGGGUAGAUUACAUGAGGUGCGAAGGCUCCUGAACUGGAGGAAUUAAAGUCGGCUGUUCAGCUUGUUGCCCCCUUCCCGAAAAAAGCCAAUUUCAAAAACUUUUAAGAAUGCUUCAGGAACCACUAUAUAUAUGUUUCUACAAAGGCCUAAAAUUAGCAGUGUUUUAUUUUGGAUUACGAAUUCCCUCCUAGUCCUCCUGAACCUGAGCACGUAAGACACAGCCAGAUGUCAGGAAGUGGGUGAAAAGCUGAGGUUACUGAGGUGUUGGUUGCUCAGGCUUGCGGUUCCCCCCUCCCUCCUGCCCCCACCUGGCAGGUGAUGCUUAUCUUCACUUCAGCCCACCUCUUCUUGAUUGGGAAAACCCUCUUCUCCCACCGUGCCCCCCGCCCAUACUUCUCAUGUUGCUCUAGGUUUCCUUAAUCACAGCACUUAAGAACCUGAAAUACCAUUCACACAUAGGUGCAAAGUGAGAACUACUCUGUCGAACAGCUGCCUCUUCCUUCCAGCGAACUCGCACGGGGAGCCCACGUCACCGACUCUUCUGGAGAGCAUCCAGUGUCUCUGCACAGGCUCCCCCAGGCUGCCCACACCCCUCCCAGCCCGUGGAUUCCUGCCGCCUACGUCUGGUCUAGGCCCCCGGUCUGCUCCACUUCUGCCUUCCAUCCAAGCCUCGCUCUACUCCACUCUGCUUUUCACACAAAUUCUCCCAGGUUAAACUGUACGCCUCCUACAAGAUCGGUGUCAAGUCACUACUCCUUCCGUGAAGCCCUCUCUGGCUACUAUAGCCCUCACCAGUGUUUCUUUUCUGAACUCUCUGCCCCUAUGCCCCCUCCGCUCUGCUCUUUCACAUGAGCCAGUCUGGCCUCUUCAGCCAUAUUGUAGGGCUCUGUGGGUAGGGCGUAGGGUGCCUUGUGUUCCUCCUGACGCUCCCCUGCAUUUCAAGUCAUGCUGAGCACAGUGGGUGCAGAGUGACCUCGUGGUGUGGUUUGGUGGAAUGUGAACUUUCCCGAGUGUGUAAUACGCUGGGUGAUGAUCACAUUGGGGAGAGGCCUGGGGAGGGCUUCUCAUUCAGAGACAGGAAAGCACUCAGGGGAGAGGUGGAAGCCAUUAAUCUCUUGGAAGAUGAACCCAGAGCAUGUUCUGGAUAAAGAUGGGCCAAGCUCCUCCCUCCUCUCCCACCCCCUCCAUCCCAGGUGCUGGCCCCCAGUCCCACCUGGUGGGCAGCUGACUCCAUAAAAGUACCCCAAGGAGCAGGAGGCAGCUGUUAGGAGGAGCAGGAGGAUGGGCGCUGAGCAUGGGCAGCAGCCGCAGUCCGGGGGCCGCAGGGGCCGUGGUUCUGGCGAUAAGAAGUCCAAAAAGCGUAGCCGGCGCAAGGAAACCUACUCGAUGUAUAUCUACAAGGUGCUAAAGCAGGUGCACCCGGACAUCGGCAUCUCUUCCAAGGCCAUGAGCAUCAUGAACUCAUUUGUGAACGAUGUGUUUGAACGGCUGGCUGGCGAGGCUGCCCGGCUGGCCCAGUACUCGGGCCGGACCACACUGACAUCCCGGGAGGUCCAGACAGCGGUGCGUCUGCUGCUGCCCGGAGAGCUGGCCAAGCAUGCUGUAUCUGAGGGCACCAAGGCCGUCACCAAGUACACCAGCUCCAAGUGACCCAGGGCCUUCCAUUAAUAAAG